CGCCAAUCUCUCACUCAGCCAUGCAUCUAUAGUUGAUGCCUCAGUUGAUCCUUUCUGUGAUGAUAAUCACCCCCCCGAACUGCAUGACCAGGAUCUGGGCCCAGCCAUGGCUGCCAUAAAUUCGGGUAGCGACGAUACGCCAUCAACGUAUGGGUCAUCCGUCCAGCUCAUGCCCAAGAUCCCGCAUAUCCUCCCCCACGAGCGGGUAUUUCCCAUUCAGAUUGGCUCAGAGCUAUUUAAGCUUUCCGGUGCUUCCAUUUCGUCUGAUGCGCCUUCAUACUUCUCGCAUUACUUCAAAUGCCAAAUUGCGAGGGCAGAGGAAAAUGGUGAGGACUCAUCCACGGCCAUCCGGACACUUUACAUCGACCGUGACCCGGUGACUUUCACCGACAUAUCUCUUCACCUCCAGGGCUACCAUGUGACACCGCGCGAUGGCACACAUUUCGUGCGCCUGUUCGCCGAUGCCCAAUUUUACAGCUUACCCAAGCUGAUAUCCCAGCUCUACGAAGAAUCCAUCUUCAUGUCUAUCGGGCACCGCGAGUUUCAGAUUCCCCGGGACCUGUUUAACGCCCCGGGCAACUCGCCGAACUAUUUCUCCCUGGGCUUCGCCAUGUUCUUUUCCUCGCCGCACGACCUGUUUCCCGGCCUCGACCGCGAGGGCCUGCUGCGGCCGCCGUCGAUCCUCCCGCCGUCCGUCCCCGGUAGGUCGGCCGAGACGUUCGCGGAGCUGCUGCACCUCCUGCGCGGCUACCCGGUGCACAUCCGCGACGAGGAGCACCGGGAGUCGCUGCUCCGGGACUGCCGGUACUUCAACUUCAAGGGCCUCGAGCAGCGCCUGAUCCCGCACGCCAUCGCCUUCAACCAAGCGCGCCGCCGCGACGAGAUCGCCCUGCGCCUCGAGCACAUCCUCAAGAGCGGCGUCGGCGUCAGCCCCGAGCCCGCCCCCAACGACCCCCUCGCUGGCUGGGUCACCUACGCCCGCCCCUACGUCGAUGACCGCCCCGCCGAGCUCGUCCUCGAGAUCGGCGGCGAGGCCACCAGGCUGCACCGCAGCAGCAUGCGCGCCGAGUUCUUCCGCGACGCACGCGCCCGCCUGCCGCGCCUGUUCGAGCUCGUCAUCGCCAAGGCCAGCCAGCACCAGCACCCGCACCAGCACCACCAGCCGUCGUCCCAACCCGCGGCCGCCGAGGACAACCUCGUGCCAGUCCUUCUAGACGGCGAGACGAGCAUCGUCCUCGACGGCAGGCCGUGGAUGCCCGCCGGAGCCGCCGACGACGAGGAGGACCCGAUGACGGAGGGGCUCGGCGGCCUGGACGUGGCGAUGGCUGAGUCGGAUGCCGGCGUGGCGGCGGCGGCGGGGCCCUUCCGCAAACGGAGGAGGACGCAGUCGAGGCACGAUGGCGGCGGGGCGGAGGCCUGGGUCGUCAGGACGGGCCAGUGGCGCUUGCGGGUGCGGAGCGCGAGGAACGGCAGGGCGGGCGUCGAGUGUGUUCUCGUCGCUGUCAAGCUGGAUGCUGUGAGCUCUGAACGCGCGAGGAAUGCGUCGAGGGGUUUCUUGGAUGGGUGAGGCGAUUAAGGGAGGGGGGGAAAAAGGAUGUUUCAACGUAGGCGUGGGAGGGAAGGCUGGGAUUUGUUUUGAGGGCCAUGGUCUGCUUGGGAUUGUUAUGUUUUAUAUCCGUUGCUACCACUUAAGGGAUAUUGCGAGCUCGAUGUAUUUUUCUACGAUUGCCAUUCGAGGUUACAUAUUUAUACAACCAUUCCCUGAUCAAGUCACGGACAAGAGUGAGAGCAUUAAUUAAAC